AUGUCCACUCAAUCCGGUAUUGUCGCAGAACAGGCGUUGCUGCAUUCUCUAAAUGAAAACCUUUCCGCAGAGGGUAUCGUCAUCGUCAUAGCCAAGAUUUCCCCUGAUUCCACCUCGGUACACCAAACGCAAGUGACACAUAAUUUUGAGGAACUGGUGGAGCUGGCAUCGCAAGAAAGGGAACCAUUAUACAUUUUCUACAAGCCAGAAGGAGUUGCUAAAUACUUUUUUGUGUCAUUCAUCCCCGAUGGUUCUCCGGUAAGAUCAAGGAUGCUUUAUGCCUCGACAAAGAACACUCUGGCAAGACAGGUAGGUUCAAACUCUUUAUCCACGGAACAGCCUUUGAUCACAGAUGCACAGGACUUGGUGGAUUUGAAAAAUUUUGAUAGUGACCGCCCUGCUGGCCAGAAUAAGCCCUUGACACAAGAUGAAGAAAUGCAAAUCGAAAUCAACAAGCAACAGGCACUUUUGAGGAAAAACGACUCCAUUAAAUUGGUCUCCCAGGAUAGUGCUUCGCCUUUGUCAUUGACUUUUAGAGUCAAUUCUGAGAAACCUAUCAGUGAAAUAUUGGAGACCGAGGGUAAGAAUUUGGUCAUUUUUCAAAUCGAUCCCUCCGAUGAAACCAUUCAGAUCGUGCAAUCUGAAACAUGUCCCUCUGUAGAUGAAUUACAAAUUGACUUGCCCGGGCCAAGUUACACGAUUUUCAGGAAGGGAGAUUCAAGCUUCUUUAUCUACUCUUGCCCCUCCGGCAGCAAAGUCAAAGAUAGAAUGAUAUAUGCUUCCAACAAGAAUGGAUUUAUCAACUACUUGAAAAAUGAUCAAAAAAUCACAUUCAAUAAAGUAGUGGAAAUUGGCGAUUUUGUCGAAUUAGAUAAGUCCUUAUUAAUGACAGCGAGUAAAGAAGACGACCUCGAUCAUGGCUCCAAUCCAGACCUCCCAAACAAAAGCAAUUUGAGAUUCAACAAACCAAGAGGCCCAAUGAGGAAAAGAAGAACAUAG